ACGUGGCGGUAGCGGAAGCGUCGUGACGUCGGCAUGAGGGGCGGUGAUGCAGAUGUGACGGUGUAUAGUUUUUUUUCCCUCUCAGUGGCGGCGGGGGUGAUCCGGGUUUGGGUUAGCUGCCGCUUUCCCUGAAUGGGGAUGGCGAGCGAAGAUGAUGUGUCCGAAUUCCUGAGACAGAACCGGGAGACGGCAGUCUGGGUGGAGAGCCUGCGGGGGGAGUGCGAAUCGGACAAGCUGUGGCGGCACCGGAGAGAGUUCGUCCUCAGGAACAUGAGGGACUUCCGCGUGGACGAGCAGCGGCCGCCGCCCCCGGAGUCCAACGACUUGGGCCUGGACCGGCUGCUCGCCUAUUCCAUGGUGUGGGCCAACCAUGUGUUCACCGGCUGCCGUUAUCCUCCACCAGUUAUGGAUAGAGUCCUAAAAAUGGCAGAAAAUAUAAAGGUGACUGAUGCCCCAGUCCAUACAACCCGCGAUGAACUGGUUUCCAAGGUGAAGAAAAGAGGGAUUGCAAGUAGCAAUGAAGGGGUAGAAGAUAUUCCCCCUGAAAAGCAGAGACCUAAUGAUGGAAGCUGGGGAAAUUCGGAGGCUGACUGCCAGCAGAGUUCACAUGCUGGAGAUGACCCUAACAGUGAAGCACAAAACACAGAUGCAGGCCAUUCUGAACCUGUUGCUCAGGAACGGAAAAGUAAUAGUAACUCACGGCCAGCCACAAAAGUCCAGUCACAGGCUAAUACAGGGAAAAGUACUCGCAGACUGACCUCUGAGGAUGUUAAGUGCCGCCAGUCAUUCUUCAACAGACUGUACAAAAGAGUUGCUUGGAAGCUGGUAUCGUCAGGAGGUUUCAGCCCCAACCUUAACCAUUCAGAAGUUCUGAUCUCUUCUGUUGAGUCUUUAAGCUCUACAUUGGACAUUGCUUUUGUGCCUCUGAAGGACUUGGCAGAUUUGCCACAAAAUAAGACCACUCAGGAAAACAUUGUGUGUGAACUGAGAUGCCAAGGUGUUUAUUUAGGGAUGGGCUGCGGCAAAACAAAGGAAAAUGCCAAAGCUGUAGCUUCCAGGGAGGCGAUAAAAGUUUUCCUGAAGAAGAAAGUCGUAGUAAAAAUAUGCAAGAGGAAAUACAGUGGUCAGGAUGUUGAAGACUUGGCAUUACUGGAUGAGGAAUCACGUUGCCCAAACUUGCCCCCUGCAGUACAAAACCCCCGUGAUCUAAUAUGACAGAGCUUUAAGUUUGGACUUUAAAUACAGAAAUAGUUGCCUCGUACUUUAUACAUUAAACAUUACGUUUAUCAAAUAUUUUGUAUGUUUUCUUUGUUUUAAUAGGUAAAAUGUUACCAAUCUUAACUGGAGUGUUUUGCUACAGAGUUUGAUAGUUUUUUUAAUUUUUUAUUUUUUUAUUUUUUUUUGUCCCCCACUACCUUGGUUUUUGACUUGUGGUUUUUAAAUGUCUGAAAACAUUGAUAUGAUUUUAAUGUUAUUUUAUGGUGAAUUGCUUGACUUGUGGCAAUCCCUUAAAGUUUAGUGCAUUUUGAUAAAAUGUUCCCAAUAUAAAGUUACUUACAUUGGCUUUGAUUUUCGUUUUCAUAUUUAUUUGAUCUUUUGAUAGAUCUUAGAGAUCUUCAGAAUACCAUCAGGGCUAUGAUUAGAAAAAACUUUAUUCUCCAUUAACCAUUUAUAGUUCAGUCUGCUUCAUAAUAAUGACAAUAUUAAACAUGACUUUCACAGCA